AUGACCGGAAAUAACCUGCACCUGACGACAAUGGCGAGAGCGCUCGAGAGAGAGAGCGUGAAAGGGGUAUGCAUUUUCUCACUGCAGUGGAUACUGACCCAUCAGCAAGUCAAUGUGGCCCUAAGAGGAAUAGCAACACAAUCCUCUCUAUACACUAACAAUUACUAUCCUCCCUUUGCCAUUGAUGGCAACAGAAACUCUGACAUGAGUUCCGGCUCAUGCGCACACACAAGCACUCAGACCGACCCAUGGUGGAGGGUGGAUUUGUUGGCGGUGUAUGAUAUUAUAAUGGUAACCGUCACUAACAGAGGUGAUUGCUGUCCAGAACGAAUAAAUGGUGCUGAGAUUCACAUUGGGAACUCCUCAAUCAACAACGGCAACAAUAACCCCAGUUGUGCUGUUAUCUCUAGCAUACCUGCUGGUGCCUCUGUAAACUACACCUGCAAUAUGUAUGGUCGUUACGUGAACAUCAUCAUUCCCGGUCCUAACCACGUUCUCAGCCUUUGUGAAGUGGAAGCCUAUGGUGUUCAAUAUUAUACUAAGAGGGCAUUUCUGAAAUUAAAGUUCAACAGCAGUGAGGAUCUCAGCAACCCUACCAUAUGGGAGGAAGUUAAUCAAAAGGUUUGUAUAAAAUCUGUCCAGCCCUCAGUAUUUCAAAUUCGAUGGACAGUGGGACCAGAAAUUAAAAACGUGGAGAAUUCACAAAGGUCCAUGCUUCUUUUUUUAGGGAUGUACAUUUUCUUAAUGCAGUGGAUAUUGACCCAUCAGCAAGUCAAUGUGGCCUUAGGAGGAAUAGCAACACAAUCUUCCACAUACUUACAAAGAUAUGCUUCCUUUGCUACUGACGGCAACAGGGCAACUAACGUGAAUUCAAACUCAUGUACCACUACAAAUGCUGAGUAUAACCCAUGGUGGAGGGUGGACUUGUUGGCGGUGUAUGACAUUAGCAAUGUAAUCAUCACUAACAGAGGUGACUGCUGUACAACCCGGCUAAACGGUGGUGAGAUCCACAUUGGCAGUUCCUUAGUCAACAGUGGCAACAAUAACUCUAGAUGUGUUGUUAUCUCUAGCAUCCCUGCUGGUGCCUCUGCAAAUUACACCUGCAAUAUGCGGGGCCGUUACGUGAAUAUCAUCCUUCCUUAUGUUACCCAGUACCUCACACUCUGUGAAGUGGAAGUUUAUGGAGUUGCAGUCCCUGUAAUCAAGAGGGCAUUUCUGAGAAUAAAGUUUAACAGCACUGAAGAUCUCAACAACCCUACCAUGAGGGACAAUGUUCUUCAAAAGGUAACCAUGACUAACAGAGAACAAUGA